AUGGAGUUGGAACAUAUAUCGAGCUGUUGCUCUUCUUCUUCUUCCUCCGGUGAAGAUGUAGCGAACAUGACGGAGCUUGAGGCGGCGGAGGCAUUGGCGGAUUUGGCUCAGCUUUCGAUAAUGCGAGGAAAUGUUUUCGAAUCGGCGGCUAGUUGGGGGAGUAAAGGGAAACGAGUUAGGAAACGAGUCAAGACCGAGUCUCCUCCGUGUGACUCGAGGAACGAGGAGUAA